CGGACCUCGGCGUCCCAAGGGUCGGCGCUCGCCGCCUGAUUACGUGCCCUCGCUAUCGCCGGCGGCUGCUCGACUUGCAACACUCUCACAACUUUCUAUCCAUCCCUCACCUCAUUCCCCCAGGUGCCACACAACCACAUAUAACCCACAGCGAUGCCCCCAAAAGCAGACAUGGCCCCCGUCUCGCGUGAGAGCAGGCCGACGAUCGUCGGCCCCGAUAGUCCAGAGGAUCCAUACCCCAUGCAGUUGGAAGGCGCCGUCACCAAAGGGUUUGGCCGUGGUGCGCGGUUUCUCGGGAUUCCCACUGCGAACCUUCCAGAUGAAUCAUUAGAUCCUCUCAAUUCCCUCGGUAUGACGGGUAUAUACUACGGCUACGCCCGUAUCCACCCGUCCACCUCCACCCCUCUCCCCUCCGCCUUCCCAACCCCCACCACAUCUCUCCCAGGCUCCAAAGCUUCCUCCCCCCCACCAGGCGGAGAGGUAUUGGAGCCGUUGCCGACUGUGACGGCGCCUUACCCGCCCGAGCAUCAUGCGCAGAGGUGGAGUAAGGAGGAUGAAAAGGUGUGGCCGAUGGUGAUGAGUGUGGGCUGGAAUCCCUACUUUAACAAUGAAAAGAUCACUGCUGAGGUGCAUAUCAUGCACCCGUUCAAAGCCGACUUUUAUGGGCAUCACAUGAGCGUCCUCGUACUGGGCUACAUCCGCCCAGAGCUCAACUAUGUCUCCAAAGAGGCGUUGAUUGAAGAUAUCAAGACUGACGCUAGGGUCGCCUUGAACUCUCUUGCCCGGCCAGCGUACGCAGCUUUGGCCAAGGACAAGUUUUUGACAAAGGAAGCUUGAUUUGGGUCAUGAUUAUAUGGGAUUUACGUUUGCAUAUAGAGUAAGAGUUGUAUGUAUUCAUGAAAGAAUGAACAAGGCAACUGGUAUAGAUACGUAUAAUGGACCUGUUGAUGGUUGUAUAAGCCAGUCCUGCUUACUUGUACUCGACAACAAAUCUACACGCCAAAUCGUCAGCCUCAUCCCAACAAGAUUAUCACAAAAGUAAAUGUCAAUGGCAGGAAUGAAAAGAAGGAUCAGGGUCUAAUUAAAUAAAUGAAGCCUCAUAGCCACAAUUGGGCUCGGAGUGAGCUGAGUAGUUUUCUCAUCAUACAUAGAAUAGGGACAAGAAUCACAGAGAGAUUGACAGGAUUGAGUGGACUUACGAUGGCAGAAAAGACAAUGUGUCGACGUUGUGGGCAAUUCCGACAAAUGUGGAGUGACACCUGAUAGACUAAUGUCAGCUCGCGUCCAGCAGACCAAUUUGGUAAAGUGGUGGAGAGGAAUGUAGAUGUAUCAGGGUCUAAUUAAAAAAGUGAAGCCUCAUUGCACAAAGGGCUCGGGGCGACCGUAGUCUUGGAAAUUUCUCAUCAAAGGUAGGAAUAAGGGCAAUAGAAUCGAGCAGGGAAUAGGAGAUGGAAAGAUACUCACUACCUGGGUGUGCGGAUUGU